GAUGCAAGUGUGCAAAUCAUGUCAGCUGAGAAGCUUGUUCCAAAGAAUAACCUCGAAGUUAUUUUUGAAUUGCUUUCUCGCUUUCCGUUAUUGCCACUAGAUCUCAGAUAUCUAUAGCUCGCUAUGCUUCAAUCGCUCGAACUUGUAUCUUCAUCAUAUAGCCUGUCCUUACUCCCCCAAGUCUACAGCUCAGAGAGGGGGUCAAAGUGCGAUGGAAUUAACACUUUCCAUUCCCAACGGCAGCCAAAAUCCAAGUAUUGAGAUCUAUAAGCUUGCCUUGCGACAUUUCGAAAACGCGAUUUCGGAACGACCUCUUGAAAAAUACUUUGCAAACUCUCCUGGCAGUGAUGGUGGUGAUGGUGGUGCGCUCUGCAGUUAUUGUGUAGCAGUAGGCGAGCGAUUGAAAGACGUGUGUUAUGGUAAUGAUGAAGCUCAAGAGUUUGACUUCGGUGUGAGCGCCCGAGAUUCUUCUGAUAAUCUACAUCUAGGCAGUCUGAAAGAAGUAUUUGCCCCUAAAAAUUGUUCCCUUUGUUGUUUACUUACGAGACAAUUUUUGCGGAUAAAGCGAAGAGAGAUUUACAUGAAUGCAAGAUCGAAGGGGGUGGAUCUUCAUGGGAUGACUUUGACUGGGCUCCUUCGGCUGGCUUAUGCAGAGAAGAUUACUGAACUUGAGAACGAGGUAGAUUGGAUCAUUGAUCCGUUCUCGGAAUCACUUCAGCUUUCUCUCAGUACCAUUAUAAGUGAUGGAACUUUAUCGAUCUGGUGGCCCGAGAAUACAGUGGAUGAGAUUAAUGACGAGCCUACCCAAAUUCCAAUGCUUGCUGCUGAUCACAAAGCUGUAUUUACCAGUGUGAAAAAACUCUGGAUUCCUUUGCCGAGUGGUAAAAUAAGUACUAAAAGAGAUCUGGGUCUGUUCUCAGACUGUUUCAAUUCUUGCUUGCAAAAUCAUGAGAAAUGCCGAGAAACACAAAUGACCGGGGCCCUUAGUUCGGGGUUUGGGCCAAGUAGAUUAAUCGAUAUCGUGGAUAUGAAGAUUGUGAAAAUGGGGAUUGAUGAGGCUCCAAAGUAUUUCAUCCUGAGUUAUGUAUGGGGACGUCCACCAUUUCUUCUUCUCGAGAAGACAAAUGAGAAAGAGUUCUCCACACCAGGUUCUCUCAAAACCCAAAGAAUACCGCAAACAAUUUUAGAUGCAAUGGAAGUUACUCGACGCUUUGAAAUAAGGUACUUGUGGGUCGACGCCCUCUGUAUAGUGCAAGAUGAUCUAGAAAACAAAAUGCAUGAAAUUGAUCGAAUGCAUACGAUCUACGCACAAGCGGAAAUGACAAUCGUAGCAGCUACAGGCGAUGGCGCGAAUUCUGGACUACUGGAUAUCGAUUCAAUUUUCGCAGAUGCAGAAUCACAUUUAAUCAAUGAAAUCAGGUUUACGGUUGAUUCGAUGGAUCUUCGUGAAGUGAUAGAGUUUUCAACAUGGUUUACCCGGGGCUGGACAUUCCAGGAAUUAGUAUUUUCAAAACGAAUUCUUUAUUUUAUGACGGAAAGAACUUAUUACUCAUGCGAAGAAGGGAGCUGGAGUGAAGAUUUUCCUCUCUUGACUUGGGAUGUCGACGAGAAUGGAGAUGCGGGUGAGGUUGAAAACAAAUUUUACGACGAAAGUCUCAAAACGGACUUUGACUUUCGAAAUAAAUUGGAUCCAUUCGAAAAUUACACGGCAAUGGUGUCGAAGAUGUCUACGAGACAGUUCACCCAAGAGAGCGACUGUUUGAAUGCCUGCCGAGGGCUCUACACAGGCCUUCUUUUGAAAGGUUUAGGGGGCUCGGUAUGUGGAAUACCGGCUAUUUGUUUUGAAUUUGGCCUGGCUUGGCAACCGGAAGGAAAUCUUACGCGUAGAGGGUCUCAAAACUCGAGUGCUACGACUCUUCAAUUUCCGACAUGGUCGUGGGCGGGCUGGAAGGGACAGAUCGAGUAUCCAUUCCUGGCAGGUCCGGAGAAGUGUGGGGUAAAGGGGGAGGUGAGGUGGGCUAUUUAUGAAGCUUAUGAACCAUCGAUUCCAAUGACAGAUGGUGACGCAACAAAAGCAAAAGAGAAGAGAUAUAAGCAAGUCGUUCCAACUAUUAAAGUGCAUACCUCUCCAUCACAAUCACAUCAAAGUAUGAGUUCAUGGUAUACACAUUCUUAUUCGCCUACACCAGGAUCAAGAUUUCCGAAAACAGCAUUUAGGGCUACACUUGAUGUAGAGGGAGAACUGGAAUCCAGAACUCGGAAGAUAAUGUCCAGUAACUUUAUUGGUCCGAGUAUUUUGUUGUUUCAAACAUAUUCGAUUACUUGUCAAAUCGAUACGAAUGAAAUCUCACGACCGCUGCUCGCGAGACACAAAGACUUGAGAUUCUUCACCAUCUCUUCUCUUACGAACAAUGAAAUGAUCGGAGAAUUAAAAAUCGAUUACACCACUUUGAAUACUUUUCUCGAGUCUCAAGAUUCCUCAAAUUCCACCAGUACAAUUAUACAAAUCGAACUUAUCUCCCUGUUUGAAAUCGAUUUUGGGAGCUCGUCGGUGCAGAAUCUGAUGUGGAUGAAUACGCAUAGUGCGCGAGGUACUUUCUCGAAAGAGUUUAUGAAGAUGGUGGAGGAGAUGGAGGAUAGGAGGAUGAAGUGUGUUAUGUGGAUUGUGUGGGAUGAGGAGGAGGGGGUGGCGAUGAGGGUUGCGGUAGGGUGGGUGAGUGUUGAGGGGUGGCAGGAGGAGAGACCGAGGUUGAGGGAGGUUUUACUUGCGUGAAUGGGUAGAGGAGGAGAGAGCUGUAAGGGGGAAAGAUAGAGAGCAAUUAGUGAGAGGAAUUAGUGAGAGUACUCGCGGCGGUCUAGUCAGUGAGAUCGAUAAUGAGGCAUUUCGUGGAUCAAAAUCGACUCGAAAUACCGAUCAUUCGUACUCUUUCAGAAAUGCAGCCUUUAAGUCUUAGUUUUGCCGUGCGUUGAUUUAUAAUUUUAUACUUCAUGGUGCGUGAUAAUUCAUCUUGGGUCUUUAUGAGCUGAUAUGCUCUCAUUUAAACAAAGAUUGGGCUAAGGGGAGAGCUUUUCCUCUGCAUUAGUUACUCCCUCUAGCUUCCUUAGGUAUCAAAAAACUUCAAAUACUUAGACUCUGCAAAUGCCAGCCUAUGUAUCAGAUUAAGCAGGGUGUUAGGACUUAGAGCGCUAGUGGCUUUUCAGGGGUUUUCCAAGUCAUUUGGUCAUACUACCAACGGUAGUCAAGGUGAUUACAAGGUUGAGAUGCAAGUUUGAGAUGCAAGUUUUAACAAACAAAAGUCAUAUAUCUAGUGAUAUGGGAGUUUGUAGAAAUAUGGAGUACACGUUCUUUGUCA